GAGCAUGUAGUUAUGUAUCAAUAUGGGAGAGGUAUCCGCCUUUUAAGCUCAGCUUCGACGAGCAGCAGGAGCCUCUGGGAUCCGACUGUUGCCCUUGAACUCAAUCUCCCAAAUCUCGCAUUGCUGGAGAAAUGUCGUACGAGGUACCAUUUCAAACAGAUAUUGGGGCAGAUGAUGAGGACAUGUCUCAUUGGUCAAACAUUUCCGAUGAGCAGGCUUCUCACAUUCUCAGCCAUUUCGUACCCUGAAAAUUUAGACAUUGCGAUUCUCCUUUUCCAUCACUAUACUCCUUGUCCCAAUCUUUACAUAUACAAUUGCAUGAUCUCUGCCUUAUCUUUCUGUAGAAGUCAAUCAUUUGGCCUAUACAAGUUGUUGCUCUAUGAUGAUAUAUACCCAGAUAAAAACACCCUUGUUUACUUACUCCAAGCAUCCAAGUGUCUAUCAGAUGCAAAGCAGAUACACUGUCAUGCUAUCGUUACUGGUUUGUUGUCACAGGGAUACCUGCAAAACAGCCUCAUCUAGAUGUAUAUGGAGAAAGAACAAAUGGAGCUAGCUCGCAGAGUUUUCCAUGACAUGCUAACACCAGAUAGGGUCUCAUUUAAUAUCAUGAUUGUUGGUUACGCUAAGAAGGGAUCUGGUGUAGAAGCUCUACAACUCUUCUAUAAGAUGAUGGAUUCGUGUCAUAAACCAGAUGACUUUACCAUAUUAGGAUUUCUUAUGUCUUGUGGAGCAUUAGGAGCUGCUCGACUGGAUGUACAUGCAUGGAUUGAGAGGAGGAAAACUAGUACUUCUUCAAAUUUGAUCUUGGCGAAUGCUCUUUUAGACAUGUAUGUGAAGUUCAAUAAGCUGGAGACUGCCUUAAAUAUUUUUAAUGCUUUAGUAGAGAAAGAUAUCGUUUCGUGGAACACCAUGGCUGCAGGGUAUGCUAAGGUUGGCAAUUUAGAACUAGCACACAACUAUUUCAAGCAAAUGCCUAGGAGAGAUCUUGUGUCUUGGAAUUCAUUAAUUUCUGGUUAUGCCAAGCGGGGCGAAUAUGGUGUUGUAAUUAAGGUGUUCAACAAUAUGGUAACAGAGAAAGUGAGGCCUGAUCAUGUCAUGGUUAAUUUGGUCUCUGCUGCAGCGGAAAUUAGAGCACUGGACCAAGGAAAAUGGAUGCACGGCUUGAUUUUGAGAAUGCAGAUGAAAAUAGAUGCAUUUUUGGGUUCUGCUUUAAUAGACUUGCACUGCAAGGCAGGAAGCAUAGAAAGAGCAUUCUUGCUUUUCAAGGGAUUGACAGAAAAAGAUGUGACCGUAUGGACAACAAUGAUCACUGGAUUUGCAUUUCAUGGUUAUGGAAGGAAAGCUCUUGAUCUGUUUUCUGAGAUGCAGAGAAUUCUGUCGCCAAAUGCGGUGACUCUUGUUGCCGUACUUACAGCUUGUAGUCAUAGUGGACUUGUGGAAGAAGGGCUCAGCGUAUUCAACAAUAUGAAGAAAAAGUUUGAUAUUGAGCCAGCCAGCCAGGAAUUGAACACUGGUUGUUUGGUGGAUCUUUUUGGUCGAUCAGGGGGGUUGAUAGAGGCAAAGAUGUGAUUGAAAAGAUGCCUAUAAAACCAAGUCAAAACAUCUGGGGAGCAAUGCUGAGUGCUUGUAGAGCUCAUGGAAACAUGGAACUAGCUGAAAUAGCUUCCACAGAGCUAAUCAAGUUAGAGCCAGAGAAAGGUGGAUACAUAUUGCUGUCUAACACAUACGCUGCCAGCGGGAGGUGAAGCUCCUCAGAUAAGAUUAGAGAAAUCAUGGAAACCAGAGUGAAGAAGACUGCAGGUUGGAGUAGCGUAGUCGUUGAUGGAGUUAUUCAUGACUUUGUUGCUGCUGAUAAGCGGCAUCCAAGACGGGAAGAUCUCUUUCUUAUUUUGCAGUGUCUAAAAGGUGAAAUGAAGCUAGAUGAUACGGAUUUCACCAACUUUGAGCAUUGUGUCCA